CUUCGACUGACGGCGCCAAUGCAGCCCAGCUGAUCAACGACGCAACGCGGCAAUGGCCUCCUUCCCCAAUGUCUACACACACCGAAAGGUGGCUGAAGCAGCAUCAAAACGAUGUGAGAUCUGCUUCAAGCCCAGCACGAGCGUGCUGGUGACGCCCGACAAGCAGGACUUCUUCUUUGUUUGCCCAGGCCACCUCAAGGACCGUGGGUUCUGCACGCCCAUAGUUGACCAGGCCGCUAUCGAUGCCAAGAAGAAGAAGGACAUGGAGGCGGAGGUCGAGAAAGUGAAGAAGGAGUACGAGGAGCGACAGCGCAAGAAGAAGGAGGAGAGCGAGAAGUCCAAAGACAAGGAUAAGGACAAGGAUAAGGCAGGAGACGACAAGAAGGCCGAUGAGAAGAAGAGCGAUGAGUCUAAGGCUGACACCGACAAGAAGGCUGAGGAGGAGCCAACGGCGGAGGAAGAGCCUCGUGUCUUUGCCUUGCACAGGACCUUCCACCAGAACCGAGUAUACCAGAAACGGCAGGCCGAGAUGGCCAAACGGAACCGGGAACGGAUCCAGAACCCCAAUUUCUUCCCAUCUGUGCCCAAGGGGAAUCCUUGACAGUGCCUGGGGGGAACGGUAUGCCCUGAUCCUCCGGUUGGAGGCGAUCAGAGUCAUCUGUAAGCCAGAUGAGGAUAGCACUGAGUUGGCCAUGUGCACAUGCACUGCAUCGUGGAUCGUCCCCUGGGCAGACUUCCUGGGGCCAUGUCAGCAUCGCAAAAUAUGCCUCGGAAGGGCAACGGUCAGAGUCAUGAGUGGCGCUGAGGCGCCGGGUUGUGGGGACAGAGCUGCAUCACGCCGAUGAUAGAGGGAACCUCUCGGUAAUGAGAAGUAGUAUUGACAACAACGGCCGCGGAGUUCACGUCACGGUACUCUAGCUUCGCGUCGUCAUUUGUGCUGCCCCAAGUCACGCAAUACUUAGUUUUAUCUGCCGG